GCAAUAACUUGCUUCCUACGCCCCUGUUGCGGUUUAACAAAGAAUUGGGAAAAAUCGGCAAAGUUAAUAACAAAAGCUGAAAAACAAAAUCAACAUCAACUACCGUCAGGCAUUGCGCCCCAGACAGUUCACCACAGUUCCACACAUGAUUUGAAAUCACUGAUCCUCUGUAAAAUGAAGUAUUGCAAUGGUUUUGGUUUAGAAAUUGAUUAUUCGAAUCUUCUCUCGUUGAUCUUCUCCCACGUUUUUACGGCAUUGCCGGCAUAUACCAAGAACUAUUUGAAUGGAAGUGUGUCUUAUUACUACGAAUAAUGGCAGACAGCAGAGUACAAGAGAAAUACAUUAGUGUUGGUUGCAAUAGAAAUCCAUAUAGUCUUGAUUGGGGUUCAAAUGGUUUGGUUGCCUUUGGAGCUUCGAAAUCGAUCGCGUUAUAUUUGCCAGAGGAUGAACAAGAUGCAGGAAGGAUAAAAUGCUUGUUAAAUGGACACAGGGAAAGAGUAAAUUGUGUCAAAUGGAUUUCCAAAGAAAACCUUGGAAAUGAAAGUGAGCUAAUAUCUGGUGCAAUUGAUGGGCAAGUUAUAAUAUGGGGACUAGUUGAUGGCAAGUGGGAUCAGUGUGACACACUGAGUGGCCAUAGUGGAGCUAUUAUUGCUGUAACAGGAAUUUGUGUUCAAUCACGAACUGUUGUUGCAACCUCAUCUGCUGAUUCAUCUGUCAAAAUAUGGAAUAGAAAUGGAAAGGUAUUUGAAUUUAUUGAGGCACUGAAUUUUGAUGGGGAAUUCACGUUUUCAAUUUUUCUCUCAAACCUACCCGGAACUAAAAUUCCAAUUUUAGCAUGUGGUUGUGAAAAUGCCACGGUUUACUUAUUUACUGAAAAAGAUUCCAAGUUUAUUCUCGCUCAAAAGCUACUUGGCCACGAAGACUGGAUACGUGACGUAAAGCUUGCUCAUUUAGAUAACGGUGACGUCAUGUUAGCAAGUUGUUCCCAGGACAAUUUCAUCAGAGUAUGGUGUAUAUCAAAAGUCAUUGAUCGUUCUGGUGAAUCUAGAGAAAUUGAUGACAUCAUGAAAUUGAAAUUAACUUCAAACAAGUUUUCUAUUACUUCUGAAGAAGACGUGUCUUUGGAUUACUCGGCUGUAUUAGAGACAAUUUUAUCAGGACACGAAGGAUGGGUUUAUAGUCUUUCCUGGCAUCCAAAAAUUCGUCAAGGCAAUCAUUAUCAUCAACCUUUAUGUUUGAUGUCGUCUUCCAUGGAUAAAACGAUUGUGAUCUGGCGGUUUGAUAGCGAAGCUGGAGUAUGGAUGGAUGAUGUACGUGUUGGCGAGGUCGGAGGUAAUACCCUGGGGUUUUAUGGUGGAGUAUUUAAUCCUACCGGUGAAAAGAUCCUAGCUCAUAGUUAUCAAGGUUCUUUACAAAUGUGGCAGAAAAACAAAAGUACAGAAUCCAGCACAUGGAAAGCAGUGUCAACUGUCAGUGGUCAUUAUGCGCCAGUCCAGGAUAUUGCUUGGGAUCCAGAAGGCGGAGAAUUUCUAGUUUCUUUGAGUUCAGAUCAAACCACCAGGAUCCAUGCACCUUGGAGAAGGACUGGGCACACGACAACCUGGCAUGAAAUAGCUCGUCCUCAGGUACAUGGUCACAAUAUGCAAUGUCUCACAAUGAUUUCGAGAUAUUGUUUUGUUUCCGGAGCAGAUGAAAAGGUUAUACGAAUAUUUGAAGCACCGAAAGGUUUUGUGGAUAUGCUCAGCUCCCUGUCAAAAAUCAAUUCUAAUGAAGUUGACUGUCAACCUCUGGGCGCAAGUGUUCCCGUGUUAGGUCUUUCAAAUAAAGCUGUGUUUGAUGAUGAUUUGAAGAAUUUGAAAGAUGAUCUGAAUGACCCACAAAGACCAAUGAAAGCUUCAGCAUUUGCAAGUGAAGAACCUCCACCAUUUUCACCGUUCGUUGUAAACGAACCGCCAACUGAGAAUAAUCUAAUGCAAAGCACUCUUUGGCCUGAAACACAGAAGCUUUAUGGUCAUGGAUAUGAAAUAUUCUGCAUGGCAUAUGAAGCACAUUCUCAUUUGCUAGCUUCCGCUUGUAAGGCGUCUAAAGCUGUCCACGCUAACAUCUUAUUAUGGGAUGUAUUGUCUUGGAAACAAGUUGGUUCUCUUCACGGUCAUUCGUUGACUGUUACUCAGAUGGAGUUUUCACAUUCAGGGAGAUAUUUAUUGUCUGUAUCACGUGACAGGACGUGGUGUCUUUUUGAACGAGCUAAAGAAGACGACGAAAGUCUGUUCAGAUUAAAAGCAAAAUACAACAAAAAAAGCAAAGUAAUCAGCCGCGUAAUUUGGUCAUGUUCCUGGACUGUUGAUGAUCGCUAUUUUAUAACCGCUUCCAGGGAUAAAAAGGUCGUAAUUUGGGGGCAAGAUGAAAAAAAAGAAAGCUGGGCUCAAGUAGGGACCCUAUUGGACGCCGGCGAAGCUGUUACAGCGGUUGCUGCGUCAUUGAGUACUUCGUUCUUUCCGAGUUAUCUUGUGGCAUUAGGAACGGAGUCCGGUGAUAUACGUUUGUAUGAAUGGAGUCUAGAGAGUGGCUGGAAAAAUUGCAUCGAAGAAGACAAAAAAAUACUUCACACAGGGACCGUCACAAGAAUUCGUUGGCGACCUGGCUAUACGGACACGCUUUUUCUUGCAAGCUCUUCAACUGAUAAUUGUGUCAGGAUUUUUGAGGUCAAACUGCCAGGGAAGAUACCAAAUUGAAGUAAUCUCACUCAGUGAGAAAAGGUGGAAAGGUUUCAUAUCGCAAGAGUCGAAUAAUGGAGAAAGACUUAAGAGUAUCACGACUUGAGAGUAUCGUCUAUUUGGAUAGUGAGUCUGCGCGUUUAUGAUCUGCAUGCAUACGCAAUUAUAUGUUUAUUCAAUGAGAAAUACUGGGAUAGCACGGCUUACCGAACACCGAACCAACCAAGCAAUAAUUUAUAUAAUAUUAUAAAUAUAUAUAAAUCUAAAAAAACACAAAUUUUGGACUUCUAUG